CCCUCACAACCGCUUAAGAUCCGCCUUCGUUGCUACCGUAGACUGGUUGCUACGGACUCGCGUCUGCUUCUCCCAGCAUGGACCUGCCUGAACCCAUCAGGCGACGGCUUGGAGAUUUCUCCAGAACCGUGUUUGUGGACCAAAGCCGUACACAGCCCUCUUUCGAAGAGCACGCUAAUUUUCUAGACCAGAAUAAGGAUGUAGUAUCGAGUCUCCCUCUUCAGAUGUCACUCUACUUUAAUAUGUGGUUCUUUCCUUUCUGGUGGAUCAGUGAGGUUGUGAUGCUUGACCUAAAGUACUCAGCCCUUGCAGAUUAUUACAAGUUUAUCCUGAUCACAAUUCUCAUUGUAAUGACCCUGAUUGAGGCUAUCAGGCUGUAUUUGGGCAAUGCUGGAAAUCUGCAAGAAAAGGUUCCAGAAUUGGCUGGAUUUUGGCUUCUGACUCUUCUACUUCAGUUUCCUCUUAUUUUGUUCCAGCUCUUCAAUGAGGCUAUUCUUAUUCAACCACUGGAGAGAGGAGUUCAUAUCAUACUGGCCUUAUUUAUCUUUGCUGAGGUUCUUUUUGGAUUUGUUGCCUUGCGUACAAUGGUUAGACACACUGAAAGUCGCUUCCAUUUGCGACAGUUUCAUGGGAUUCAAGAACUAAGAACAUGAUGAGAUGCCUGCACUGAUGGACUUGAUGAAAUAUUCUUCGUGCUGACCCAAAAGAUUUUAUUUGAAAGACUUGUUCCUUUAUCUGUGGCAAAUUUCAUGCAUGUCUUGGUGCCUUAUUUUAUACAAAUAAAUUAUGUUUGUAUUAUAUUUUGUAUGUAAAAUUAAAAAAAGGAAAAACAUUGUUAGAUGCUUUUAAGGUUAAAGACAAAACAAACUCCAGUAUUAGAAACAGGUGAGUCAUAAUAUUGAAUAAUGAAUCUGAAUUUAAACGGAUAGUUCACCCAAACAUUUCAAUUUUGGUGUCAGUUACUUAAUUAUCACUUGAUAAAAAGUUUCUUAUGUUCAUCACAAUAGAAGAAAUUUUGAAAAAUGUUGGUU